CCGCGACAAAAGGCAGCCUCUCCGCACACUCCAGAUCAAGCCUAGGCCAUCGGCACAACGCUCAAAACAGCAUCUCCACCAAUUCUACCUUUUUCAGCAUCUUCGUGGUACCUGGAACCUCACAUCCCAAAAUGGCCGACAUCACCGAUCAGCACGAACAGACCUCGCCCACCGAGCUUGACGACGCGCAUGCCGUGGGCAAUGGCAAUGUCAACAACAACGAACCCCGCGGUGUCAAGCGCGCCCGCCCGGCCACGGCCGAUGACGAUGAUGAUGACGAUGACAAGGGCGGCCGCGAGCGCCGCAAAAUCGAAAUCAAGUUCAUCAGCGACAAGUCGCGUCGCCACAUUACCUUUUCCAAGCGCAAGGCUGGUAUCAUGAAGAAGGCCUACGAGCUUUCCGUAUUGACAGGAACCCAAGUACUGCUACUCGUUGUUUCCGAAACCGGCCUGGUCUACACCUUCACAACUCCCAAGUUGCAGCCUCUCGUCACCAAGGCCGAGGGAAAGAACUUGAUUCAGGCAUGCCUAAACGCCCCCGAGCCCGCGUCUGCCGAGAACGGCGUGGACGACUCUAAUGCGGUUGACUCGCCCGAAGAGCCCUCGAGCGCCCACCUGCCUCCCCAGCAAGGCCGACCUGGCAUGCCGCCCCAAGGACACAUGCCUCCCAACUACAUGCCGGCUGUCGGCGCAAUGGAUGCCCAGCAAGCGCAAGCACUGGCGUAUACAAACUACGUACAACAACAAAGAGGUGGCCAAUACAUGCCUCAGCCUGGUCUGCAGCAGCAUGCCGGUCAUCAGGCAUAGUUAUAUUCAGGGCGGCUCUUUUCAUGACUUCAGCUUGCGCGAUAAUACCCAGCAUUAAUGCAUUCAUGAAGUGUCAUUUCCCCGAUUCGACAUCGUUAGGGUGCCCCUCGUCGUUGCGUACGAGGGUUAUG